CCCGAAACUCAGCAAAUCCGUUUCCGCAUCGCGGCAGCAAUGCCGCCCGCCUUUGACGUGCUCGUCGUCGGCGCGGGCGUUGCUGGAUGCGCCAUUGCGACCGCCUUCGCACGGCAGGGUCGACACGUCCUCGUGGUGGAAAGGAACCUCGCCGAGCCCGACAGAAUCGUGGGCGAGCUGCUCCAGCCCGGCGGCGUGGCUGCCAUCGCCGCGUUGGGCCUGAGCCACUGCUUGGACGGCAUCGAGGCGACGCCCGUCAAAGGCUACCAUCUCUUUUGGAAGGACGAACAGGCCGCCUUUUGGUUCUGCCCCUUUUCCGGCUCCAACAAUCGCGUCCUCGAUACGCCUGGCUCCAAGCCUAUCCCGCCAACCGGGCGGAGUUUCCACCAUGGGAAGUUCAUUGAACGCCUCCGUGCUUCUAUUGCCGCGGAACCUAACGUUACGCUCUUGGAGGCAACCGCCUUGGAGCUGCUCAGAGAUGAGACGACGGGCGCAGUCGUCGGAGCGGCGUGCGCGCGCACGGGAGAUUCACCCGCGAAGCACUACGCAUCUCUGACCGUCCUGGCCGACGGCUCUUGUUCCAACUUCAGGUCGCUGUUUACCCCCCACCGACCGAAGGCUCAGUCGCGAUUCUGGGGCCUCGAGCUCGUGGACGCUCGUCUCCCCCGGCACGGCUACGCAUUCGCGGUUCUGGGGCAAGGCCCGCCAAUCUUGAUGUACCAGAUCGGCGCUCGAGAAACUCGCAUUCUGAUCGACAUUCCCCACGACAAACAACGCCAACUCAGGACGACUGCAUCGGUCAGGCGGUACAUCCAACAGCACGUCGUGCCGAUCGUUCCCGAAUCUGUCCGACCCAGUCUCGAGAAGGCCGCCGCGCAAGGGCGCCUUCGGAGCAUGCCCAACGCAUGGAUGCCAGCGAGUCGAAGUGCGGUGCCCGGGCUAGUCAUGCUGGGCGACGCCGCCAACAUGCGACACCCAAUCACUGGCGCCGGCAUGACUGUAGCGCUCAAGGAUGCAGUUCUGCUCUCCCAACUGCUGAGUCCCGAGAAAGUUCCAUUUCUGGGUAACUCCGGGGCUGUGCGGAAGGCAGUCCGCGGCUUUCACUGGCGGAGGAAGGCCCACAGCGCCACUCUGAACAUCCUCGCCCUGGCGCUCUACCUCCUGUUUGUCUCCGAAGAUCCAUCCCUGAUCAUCAUGCAACGGGGCUUCAUCCGCUACGUCCAAGAAGGGGAAAAGAACUUCGCCGAGCCUGCAUGGCUGAUGGGCGGCCUUGUCGAUAGCCCUUUCCUCCUGUUUUACCAUUUCUUCAUGGUGGCCCUCUAUAGCAUCCGCUUACAUCUCGGGCAGGCCGGCUGGCUCGGCGUUCCCAAGGCGGUGCUGCAGUCGACGCUGGUGUUCGCGUCCGCUGUCGGAAUCAUCUGGCGGCCUAUCGUUGACGAGUUGCGCCAGUAG